AUGUCUCACCUAUUCUUUAAUUUUUUGCGCUCCAUAAAAAAGGAGGAACAAGACAUCAUCAAACAACAACACACACCAACAAUAACGUUUUCAUUCUUGUUCUUCUCACUCAAAAAGGAUGAACCACAAAACAACAACAACCAUUUCUCCUCUAUUCUUACUCAUGAAGAUGAUGUUACUGAUGACGAUCGUGUUUGUCUCCACUUUUCAAUCGGUGAUCCUUCUUGCCCUACCUGCGAUUGUCAACAACAACUCAUCACCAACAAUAAACGAAAACGUAGUCCCCAACAACAACAACUAACCCUAAAGAACAAGAAAACACGCAUCAUCAUCAAACAACAACACAAACCAACAACAAUGUUGUUCUCUUCCUUGUUCUCCUCACUCAAAAAUGAGGAAUCACAAAACAACAAACCUUCCUCCUUUGUUGUUACUCAUGAAGAUAAUGUUACUGAUGAUGAUCGUGUUUGUCUCCCACUUCUCAAUUUGAUUGUUCCUGUCUUGGGUGGUCUUCAAGUUUGUGAGAAUCGAGGUGUUCAUGUUCGAGUAUGGGAUAUCGACAUAAACUCUCUCCAUUCUCUCGUUUUCACAAUACGUCCUUCCAAUCAAAGCCACAUUUUCAAAGACACAUGGAUCAAGGAUUUCGUACUUCGAAGAAACUUACAGGUCGAAGAUGAAAUCGGCUUGAUUUGGGAUCGAUAUAACCAAAACUUUGUUUUCUCGGUUCUUCGUGCCUGUCGUCAUCAUCAAGUCGAUUAA